ACGAUCAUUCAUGGCCUCGAGCGUGCCCACAAGGAAGAGGUUAUGCUUCACAACAAGUCUAUCUCAGGCUCAAAAAUCAAGGCCUUUCGCUUCCUGGGCGAUGAUCCGCAGUUCAAGCCUUUCCGCAUCGCUUUCCAUAAAGUGUGCAAGGAACUCCAUCGAAUGGGCGUCGGCGUGCAGGUGCAAAAGGUCGCUCCUUUGUCGCGUACCUCCGAGUUGCAAGCACUGGACUCCCCUGCAUGCAGCCAGGAGGACCCCGCCGGUCUUCAGCGACGAGUUGUCUUAUUCUUGCUGACCAGGAUGGGCCUUCGCAGUGGAGACGAGCUCCUGUACCUGAGAUUCAAAGAUCUGCAGCGAGGAGAGACGUACGACGAGAGUGGAUGUUUACGAUGCUAUUGGGAACACAAAGAAAAUUCUUCCAAGGCUCACCGACGUGGAUUGCGAGGGCUGAAGAUAGACCCCCAAGAGAGACUGCGGAUCUAUGACAUGCCAUGGGACACGCAGCAUUGUCCCGUGACGGCGAUGGAUCGGUACAUGAAUCUGAUGCGACAGAGAGGGCCGGACUUCAAAGACGAGGAGAGAUUGCUGAAGACUCCGUUUCACAUUGCGCCUGCAGCGGGGUGGGCGUCGACAACAAGAUGGUAUUCACCGCGGCCGAUGGGGAGAAACACCAUAGCCAAGGUGGUGAAGCUCGUGACGAGAGGGGAGACGACGAACUGGGGGGGGAGGCUGGCGUACAUCACUCGGCUCUAUGAGGCAGGAUUCCAUGGCUCAGGGAUCAGGCAGCAGCAACCGGCUCAUUUGGCAGAGACCGUGGCGUGGUCUGACGCGCUGGCACCUGUGCCGAAGCCGCCAGAUUGGGGGCAUCAACAGCGCACAAGAGAUGGGAGAGGGUCAUGCAAUCAGCUAGAGAGAGAGGGGAGGAGGGAGGAGGAUGGCAGCUGGAUAAGCAGCAAGGGAGGAGGAGGGUCAGGAGACGAGGGGGGAGGAGAAGGGGGAUGGGGAGGGCCGGAUGGGACGUCAUCACACGGACAGAGGGCACCAGAGAUGGACGCCAUGGAGGGAAACGGGGGAACAUCUAGGCGGCUGCAUCGUCGAACGGGAGAGGGAGAAGGAGGAGAUGGAGGUAUCCUGCGCAGCUCGGCCUCCGGGCCCGCUGCAGGACGUAAUAGAGAGGAUGUACUCUCGCCUUUGAGAACGCACCAAGGCGGUGCUGCUGGUAGCCCUCAUCGUGCUACCUCAAGUCCUUUUCAAACGACCUGCUGUAGUCCGAAGCAUGCAGCCGACAGCCCACACCAGGCAAGCAACUGGCCAGCGCGAGCUUUCGCUCCUUGCACACGCGACCGGUCGGGUCGGGAUUCGUCAAUCGUUGGGUGCUCCACGUUAUCCAACGGCUAUGCGCAAGCACGAGUGCUGCUGCAGCCUCCACCGUCGUCGAUGGCUCGGUCACAAACAACUAGUACCUCUCCUCAUCCUUCACUCCGGCCAGCAGAACAGGAUUUGCUGGCCCUUGGACUGGGUUUAAGAGCCGAGAGCAGGAGAUCGGAGUGCGUUCUCCCACCUCCUACGCCUCCACACUCCCAGGCAGACCGUCGCUCAGGUCAGGAACAACAGUCAGAUCGCAUGGAUGCGCACAUGAUCUGUCACGACAAGCCGUCAUCGAUCAAGGCAGCGACCACGGAGGGCUCACCUACCUCUCAGCUUCUUUCCACCGCGAACUCCUUACUAGCUUUGUCGAGCUUGGCCACACCGUCCGCGCGAGGACCAGCCAAAAACGUAUCGACUGCCCCUUUCGCCACCGCCGCAGGACCACGUUCCUUCCAACCUCCAGCAGGCCGUACAAGCAGCAGUCUAUCUCCCAGCUUCUCUCCCAUCGCACAGGUUCUGCCACAGCCUGAGCCAAGGCUUGUCUCCUCUGCCAGUCUAAAGUCGCAGCCAUUGGCUGAGUGCUCGCCUCUGACACCUUCUGCUACUUUCCCUUCCGUUGGUUCUCCCGGACGAUCAAGAUGUUCGGGAUUGGCUAGUGAGUCCCCAGCCUCGUGCGUCAUUAACCGGUUGUGGUCGGAGCCUUCAGGAGCCGGCAGCAGCAGCACCCUCAACCGCAACGACGGCUUGUCUUCUUUCGCGGGUAAGGACUCUCCUCGCCAUCGCUUUGGUAUCUCCCCCGGCGAUGUCGGCGGGCAACUGCCAGUCACUUCGUCUUCCACAUCCGCGGACAACGAGGAGUCGCAGCGGGACGUAAAACCGAGUCCGGCGGACAUAGCCACGCUCCUUCGGAAGAUAGGCAUGACAUCGUGUCCGCCUCGAUGGGAGGAGGGGCAGGGAGGGAAACGUUGCGAGCGCGGGAGAGCGGAAGAGGCAGCACCGAUGCGCCGGCGAUCAACAUGCGGUUCCCCCGAGGGCAAGGGCGCAACGGCGCACGGUGCGGAGGUGCCGCGCACAGCUCUCCGGUCGGGCACGGAGGAGGGUGCCAGCCUUCCGCUGUCGAGCAACAACAAGGCUCCCAAGAGCCUGGACUUAGAGAGGAAUGCCAGCGAAGAUGCUGGCGCAGCUGGGGCAGUCCCAUCGACGCGUACACUGGUGUCGAGUGGCGCCGGGUCGCGCACUAAAGGGGGGGGGGUGAUGUUCCACCAAUCGGAAGCUCGAGCGCGGAAUCGCGACCGGGAUCGCACGGGUGCGCAUGUCGAGAAAGAGGGGGUGUUGGAAGGAGAACGUUGGAGUCGUGCCCCGUCGCGAGACGAGGGGGUCGAUGGGAGAUCCCCUGUACCGGAGUGUCGAAGCAGGGUAGCUGUGGAUGCCGUCAGAGGAGCAGGAGGAGGAGGGGGAGGAGGAGGAGGAGGAGGAGAGGGGGGGGAAGAUGGACACGGCCCACAUUUGAGGGACGAAGCUGGAAGUGGAGGAGGGGGACCGGGAAUGUAUAGCUCGAGAUCGGGAACGGUUAGUAGUUGUAAUCCGACGGCUACAGAUAGCUCAGAAAUGCAGGAUAUGAUGCAUAAGAUGGUUAUUGGAACGAUAGAGGCUAAGAUUGAUGAGAGGAAAGAGGAGUUGAAACAGGAGAGAGAGAGAUUGGAGAUACUGGAGAUGAAGGUAAUGGCCAAACGAAGGGAGUUGACGGGAUUGGAAGGAAGGAGAGCGAAGAGAAAGAGAGAGGUGGAGGAAUGGACAGAGAGGAAGGUACAAGAGGCGGAGGAGCUGGAGAGAAGAGCAAAGAGAGCGAGGGAGGAAGCAGACGAGGCUUGCCGGAGCAAGAUGCGGAAAUUGAGGGAGAUCGACAUGGAGUUAUGGGAGGAGGAGGAGAGAUUGCAGAAAGAGAUGGUAAGACAGGAGCUCCAGCAAACAGAGCUCAAGAGCCGGAUAGAUACGCAGCAGAAACGACUGCUAGAGAUGGAUAGAGAUAGGGAGGCGGUGGUGGACAAAAUGCGUCAUGUCAUGGAGCAAGUCGUCCUGCAACACUUGGAAGGAUUCGGUACAUAAAAAAGGUCUAUACGCCUCGGAGUCCCAAUUCUAUUUUUGUUACAAGUCGCCUCAAGUGCACUCACAGCUCAGACAGCGCUUCUUUCGCCCGCCUGCGCAUCCGCCUGCAGACUUGGCCGUUAGUCUGGCAGUCACCUCCGUCUACAGGCUACAGCCCGUAGGAGGACACUGCUAUCGCGGGAUCGGCCCAAAGGUGCUAUAGCCGAUAGCCGCAUAGCCGGUCUUGCAAAAAGGGCCGCGAUAUCCCAAUCUAUAGCAAGCCACAUUGGGGUGGAGAACGCUCGAGGUGAAACUCCAGGAGUGGCAGGAGGAGGAACAUAGAUGAGAAAGCGGUCAGGAGGUGAGUCAGCUGACAAUGCAGCUGCACUGCAGCAGACCCCGAUCGUUUAGUACGUGUAGUGCAACGGCUCUCUGAAGUUUGAACUCGCCUGCAAGUCCGCCUCCGCCUCCGCCUGUGGGCCGUGGCUGCUGAUGUUGGUGGUGUUCUGCUGGGCUUGGGGAUAGCGUCGGCGCGUACCCUAGAGGCAGGAGAAACACUCGUCGUUAGAUAGGGUCGUCUCGUGCCCCACACUGCCCACAGGUUCGGUGAAGGAGAAGGUGGAGAGGAGGUGGCCUUUCGGUAGCUGGCUCAGAGCACAGGGGAGAGACCGUCAUUGCAUCUCGAAUGAUUAGGGAGCAUUGGAGGAAGUAAUCCUGUCCUGGAUUGCUAGCCUUCAAGUGGAGGUCUUACAGCCGUGUUAACCUCGGAGUCCUCUUCCUCUUCCACGUCGUCCUCCUCCUCCUCCCACCUUGGCGGUCGAAACUGAUCUUACCGAUAGUUCGAUCAAAAGGGAGGAAGGAGUCUUAGGAGUGUCGGAGUGAGGUAAUUGACAGACUGCAGGAUGAGGGAUCGAACUCCCACAGAACAGAAGGGAGAGCAACACUAAGUAGAGGUGGAGAGAGUUGGCUGGCAAGAACGCCGGGACAAAUGCCUUACACAUUGAUGUGGAGGUGGUAGCAACGGGAUGGAACGAGGAGGAUUGGCAUGCCGACAGUGGGCACUGGGCGGACGCUAUUCCCCAUGUACCAUGCGUGUAGCAUUGAUCGGUUAAGUCUGAUUGAUUCAUUUGUCUUAUUGAAUGAUUGAUUGAUUGGUUGAUUGAUUGAUCGAUUGAUUGAGAGAUUGAUUGCGAAAGAUUCAUUAGCAUACGCCAGAACGAGAAGCGGACGAGGAAGAGAAGUAGACGAGGAAGCGAAGGGGCAAAAGAGAAAGAGCUAUCGGGCCCGCCAGGAACCGUAAGGCAAGGGCCCAAAGGGCAAGGGCCCAAAGGGCAAGGUCAUGAGAUAUGAGAACAGAGAGAGAUGACAAGGAGAGGACAGUGGAUGGAGAGGGAGUUGGGAGAAAAGCUGGGUUUCAUCUGACGCUAUAUUCGGGUCGAGUUUAAUCUAAUCUAAUCUAAUAUUUAUUACUGUUUCAUGUUCGGAAGAAGUUUUAAGCCUAUCAAACAGCACGCUUUAGGCGUCAUCUCACUUUCCAGUCAUUCGAUUGGUCUCAUUCGCUUCGCUGUCACAGUGACAGUCAAGGUGUCUCGACUGCUGUUGUUCCCGAUGGGAGUCGAUCCCGCUCACUAUGGGAAGUGGGAAGUGGGAAGUGGGAAGUUCGACUUGAAAAAGAGUUCUCAAGGGAGGGAAUUCUCUGUGGGAGAGGUCCGAGAGGAUGCUGCCAUCAUGCUGGUAUUACAGCAGCUUAACUUACAAGAAUUGCCUAGGUUUGAUCUACUGUGUCCGUGUCUGACUCGCCGCUACACUAUUUAAUUAGUAGAAUAGAAUAGAAAGCUGGUUGAGAGUUGGAACUAAGGGUUAGGGCGGAGUGGACUAUGUCUAGGUCUUCGCAAGGAAAUCUGAAGGUUGACAUGAGCUUCUCAUCAAGAAUUGGGUGCCGAUAAUUAUAAUUUAAGGCCUCGGAUGAUGUGGAAUAGACCUAGAUAUAGUCCAGACUGUGGGCCUGCACCUGACUCCCCCCCUUUCCCCGACUUGUUGCUAGUAUGCGACGGUUGGGGACACUAGAAGUCUAGGAAGAUGGGAGUUGGUACUGAGUUGGUACCUAGGGUUAGGACGGGACUGGACUAUGUCUAGGUCUGUGAAAGGAAAUCUGACGAUAGACAUCAGCCGGUGAAAAUUCACUUGCCUUUUUUUUAACAUAAUAGACGUUGGAUAUUCCAACAUAGACCUACGCAUAGCCCAGUCACUGUGGCCCUACCCCUAACUCCCUCCACUUCUUUCAUUCCCACUGAUGCUCUGUACUUGCUUAGAAUGCACCCCUUGGAGCCUGCCAGCGUCAGCGUCGGCACCAAGCUGGUACAUCCUAAGCACAGACAUAGCACCAGGUGACCAGGCUUACAAGUGAGGUCUGGCCCAGGCUGGGCUGGGCUGGUGUUAUCUUAAACCACCAGUACUUGGGCGACGCCUGCCUUAGCGUUAACGCUACGCGAUUUCCGCGGCCGGCGGGCCGUCGAUAAAUCGAAUCGACAGCC